AUGCUCGGACCAAUGCCCACAUUUGAAGACAUGGCCGUAGGCGACUGUGCGCCGUGGUUGAAGACAAACUGUUCCUCAAAAGUGGGCGGAGUCAACGUCGGAUGGGGAGCAAUUCGAAUUGGUCUUUAUCACAAGCAUAUGAAGAGAAAUUUAACAUCUCUUCAAUGGGCCUGGACAACUUUCCAAUGGAGCAAAUUCCAUAUUGUAGACGGCGAACGGCUUGUCACACAGCCGGCAUUGGAAGUCAGCCAAACGGAAAGGUUUCUCGGAUUAGAGCCAGGCAAGUCUUACAUUUUUGCCAGCUCAUUUCGAAUGGGCGGAAGUUCCCAUGUGUUCGCCGACCUAAUGGCAGUCUCCAUUGUUUGGGGAAGACGAAAGGCAGGAAACAUCCGUAUGUACGUGCAGAAGUCCUUCAACGACUUCGUCGUUUCUAGUGCCCCUGGAGAAUCAGAAAUCCUAUCGAAUGAUUGA